GCCACCAGUCAGUCUGCCUCCAUCCACGAGGCGGUACGCACGUCGUCAGGGGAUAUCUGCCAGUUCCUCGUGCCUUCUUUUGUGUCUCACCACAAGAGUCAACAUGUCUGGAGAUUUACAAGAUGUUCAGUUCUUCGUGAUGACACCUGGUGACUAUGAGGACACUGAAACUCUUUUGAACAACCACUUCUUUAGGAGAAAUCCAUUGUCUGUUGCAGCAAAACAAUUGAGUGUCGAGUCGUUUAGCCCGCAGCUUGUAGUCGACAUCAAGAAGUGUCUGGCGUCAGGCGUGUCUAUUGGCGCCAGAGCCAACGGCGCCAAGACACUCGCUGGCGUCUUCCUCAACUCAUCCCUCAGCGUGGAUGAGAUCUCGACCAAGUACACCGUAAACCUGGAUACAUCGUGCAUAGUGUACCGUGUGUUGGAGAUGCUCUCCACUGGCGAACAAGUAUUCAACGACAUGAAGGUUCAGCGGGUGCUGGACCUGUUCACUCUUUGCGUCCACGAGGACUUUGAACGUCGCGGCCUCGCCAGGACACUGCUAGAGAAAUCGCUACUACUGGCAAAAGAGCAGGGGCACCAGGCUGCGUGUGUUCAAACCACUAACAGCAUCACGGAGAAGAUCUGUGUUCCUCUGGGGUUCCACACAGUCAAGUCUCUCGACCUGACCACUGUAAGCGAUGACCUGGGCAUUGAUCUCUCCCUUUUGGGAGGCACUCGUCUCGUGAAGGCUAUGAUCAAACUCCUAUGAACAAAAUAAUAAAAAUCUAAAAAAAAAAAAAACAUAAAUCCGCAUAAAGCUACCGUGCAUAAAAAAAACACCUAGUAACAUAAUUCCGCUUUUGCAGUCUUUUUUUUAAUGUGUAUGUAAUUUAGUCUGAAAUUACAUCCUCAAACUGUUCCUAUUUUUUAACUCUAUAGAUUUUUUCUCUUGCUGAUCAAUGUUGUUUUAUAUAUUUUUGCUGAAGACUUAAAUACUGCAGGCUUGUUGGCUUUAUCUAUCUCUUAAAUUUUACCUUAUCCCUUU